UAUCGUAUGUCACAUUUUUGUUAAUCAAAUAUUCUGUCAAGCAUCAUUCAAUAUAUCAUUGUAAUCAUAUAAUGUGUUUGGCAAACAAAAUUUUUGUAUCUGACGUUGAAUUUGGCGAAAGAUGAACGAUACCAUCAUCGAAUGUUCCUUCCAUUCCUGAAUCAUGGAAGAAGCCAAUCAUUGGACCACUAUUGUCAAAUGCAAUUUAUGUGACGAGAUACCUAACACGGUUCCAUUGUAUCAGUGUCCACAAAAUCAUCAGUACUGCAUCGAUUGUUUUGUUGAUCUAAAGAGCAGGUAUAAGGGAUAUCAAAAAAAUGGGGCGACUUGUGUAGUAUGUAAGGUAACUGGAGCUUUUACUGAAAGUAAAGUGAAUGCGGAUUUUUUGAAUAAAAUAAGAGCAAAGCCUGGCAUUGGUAGACCCUACAGAUACAAUGCUAACCAAAUUUUUAAGAAUGGAUUCAAUUGUAACAGGUUAGACUUGAGAGAUGAGCCCAAAGUACAAAACGGUAUAAACGUAACACUUGAAGGAUUAUUUAGACUUCCUACAGAAGAAGUGCGACUAUUACUAAGUAGAAAAAAUGGAAUCGUCGACCGAGUUGUCUCAAAGACAUCACAUGUAUUCGAAACCAGUCAAAACACUCUCAUUAAAACUAGUAGCCAACGAGUAUUACCACCACAGCAGUCUAAAGUUCCCAUAAAAUGUCCUCAUAAACCAUGCAAGAAAGUAGUUGCAACAUCGACAUUCGUCACUCAUUUCAAACACGAACAUCCAGAUAUUCCUAAAUACAACGUUGAAAGAGGAAAAGAACUUUGUCUUCCGUGCGACGUGUCAAGCAUAGAACACGACAGUAACCACUGUAUAGCAGUGAUAACUGUCUAUGAGUUUAACAAAAUAGAUAUAAGAAACUCACAAAGCUCACAGAGCGUUAUAAAAACUUGCAGCAAGUUCAGUCAACACAUUCCUAUCAACUCUUUCUGGCUCAUGGUGACGGGUUCUCCAGAAAAGAAAUCGAGCCAAGCUUCAGCUCUUUUCUGGCUCUUUUGUCCAUGUGAGGAUCACUAUCGGAGUACCAUUGAACUUUGUUCAAAGUCGGAUUCUAUAGCAUUCUCUACUUAUUGCGAAGUGCAUGUAACGGCACAGAAUUUGAUGUACAAAGACAUCGCAGGUGAGCUAAAUUGCUUAAUGGUAAGUAAAGCAUCGAUAGGAGCUUUGCUGAGAGAAGGGCCAGAACUAAAUUUAAGAAUAACUGUACACUGAGUAAAUGGUAGUGAAGUAAACAAUUAUUGUAAUUUAAAAUAAAUAAAAAUAUCCAUUAAAUGGCA